AUGGGCAGGCGAGGAUUGUUGCUGCUUGGACUCUGUGGUGGGUCGAUCCUGCGAACUCGUCCGCUCAUCGGCCACCUAUUCGAAACUCGCCCUUUCUGCGAAGUGAUUAACUUACAUCCAAGUGAUCCGUUCUCAGUAUUUCACGAACAGCUUACGACUGUGCGAGGUGUGAACUCGGAGGGUCCAUGGGAAGCCUUGACUCACCUGGAUAAUGAGCACCACAUAUGGUACAUGGGCCGUGCUCGCUACCAGGACGAUUACCGGCUGCUAUGGGCCGCCGAAGCGAACACAGAGGAUGGUAGACCUGUAAUUGUCGCAAAUACAUUCCGAAAAACAGACGACAGCGCAGACCGGCCUGCCAUGAUGGCCCCUACAACCGCGAUGCCUCAAAAACAUGGUCCAUACCUGUUGUUUAUCGAAGAGUAA